AAACUAAUUAAAAAUUAAAUUAAAUAGAGGAAGUAAUACCUGCGAAAGCCAGCCUUCGACACCCAAACAAAUGAAGAUUUGCCAGAGAAAUAGAACGUGGCGAUCAAAAAUUGUCAAAGCUGUCACACGGUCUCUUUGAAUUGAAACAUCAGUGUUUUCACAGGGCAUCUGUCAUCUGUGUUAGUGAGGGAGGGUAGUUAUAAUAGGAAGGAAUGGCGGAAGCAAUGGAAAUGGAUGCAAUAAAAGAUGAUGAUCUCUUCAACGCUGCAGGGGCUGGAAAUGUAGAGGCUUUCCAUGAAUUGUCAGCGGAGCAACUCAAGAGAAUUGUAUGUAUCAGGAAUGAAGACGCUCGUUCCCUCCUCCAUGUGGCGGCAGCCGCGGGCAGUCUUCAGAUUGUUCGCAUAUUAGCAGGAAUUGACCCAUCUGUAAGUGGUAUAAAUGAUGGUGAUGAGGAAGGAUGGGCUCCACUUCAUUCUGCUGUGAGCAGUGGUAGAGAUGAUAUUGUUGAAGCAUUAUUGCAAGCAGGUGCAGAUGUUUCUAUUGCAAAUAAGGGAGGACGCACUGCUCUACAUUAUGCUGCCAGCAAGGGGCGGCUUGAAAUAGCCCAUUUUCUGAUUGUCCAUGGGGCCAAAAUCAAUCAAAAGGAUAAGUUUGGUUGUACUCCAUUACAUCGGGCAGCAAGUGCAGGGCACCCACAACUGUGUGAAAUGCUGAUAGAAGAAGGUGCAGAUGUGGAUGCCACUGACAAAACUGGUCAAACACCUCUUAUGCAUGCAGUAGUCUGCAAUGACAAGCAGGUCGCUUUGCUUCUAGUGAGGCAUGGUGCAGAUGUGGAUUGUGAAGACAAUGAAGGCUAUACAGUCCUUGGUCGAGCUUCAAAUGAACUUAGGCAAACAUUGAUUGAUGCUGCCAGAGUAAUGUUAGAGGGCUAGUGACAUGCAUUUUUGUUUUUCCUUUGAAUGAUGCAAUCAGAAUUUGGACGUUCCUGCUAGGACCUUAUUUUGCCCGCAACGCAUCAAUUACAUGCUAAAAUUCUUUCAGGAUGAUUUGUUAAUUUCAUUAUCUUUAGUGUGAAUUGUUGAUAGAUAUUCGGUACUGUGUUAAAGCUAUUUACAAAACUGUUUCUUCAGUUC